GCAGUGUAAUUAUAACAGCCGAUCCGCCCACACAUCCUACCAAGACACCUCUAUUGUUCAUCCGGAACACUCCGUCCCGCGAUCGAAGGCUUCGCCCGUCCCGUCCCUCCGCACGCUUUUCCGGUCCUCUCCUCGUCUCGAGCCCGCUCGAGCUCGAUCCCCCUCCGCCGAUCAAUUUACUCGGCGUUCCUUUUGUCGGGUCGUCGUUUCUCUCCGCUAUUCGAUCUGCUUCCCCGUCGAGGAGGACCCGGUGAGGAGACGAUCGGGGGCGCCAGGAUCGAGACCAUAGGGUUUUGCUCCUGUUUCUCGGGUUUUCUUGGAGUUCUUGAGGUUGCGGGAGGCGGAUUGGUGGGUGGGGUUUGGUUCUGGGAACCCUAGAUCUGAGGGUUGGGGCGUCCGGGGAGGCUGUUGGGAUCUUGUGAUUAAGGGCCGUCAAGAUGUUCUGGCGCAUGACUGGAUUCACCCAAGCGUCUCCUGUGGAUGCUAUUUUGGAGAAGGAAAACUUUACUCUGGAAGAGCUUCUUGAUGAGGAUGAAAUUAUUCAAGAAUGCAAAGCACUGAAUACGCGUCUUAUAAAUUUUUUGAGAGAGAAGUCCCAAGUGGAGCGACUGCUUCGAUAUAUUGUAGAGGAGCCUCCUGAGGGUGCUGAUAACAAGCAUGUUUUCAAGCUUCCUUUUAUUGCUUGUGAGAUAUUUAUUUGUGAGGUUGAUAUCAUACUGAGGACGUUGGUUGAGGAUGUGCAGCUGAUGGAUCUAUUAUUCUCAUUCCUCAAGCCUGAUCGCCCACAUAGUACAUUUCUGGCUGGUUAUUUUAGUAAGGUUGUAAUAUGCCUGAUGAUGCGGAAGACAGGCCCUCUUCUCAAUUAUAUCCAAGGCCAUCCAGAGAUAAUUUCCCAACUCGUUGAUCUCAUUGGAAUCACAUCAAUAAUGGAGGUGCUUAUUCGAUUGAUUGGCGCUGAUGAAAAUAUGCACUCCAACUAUGUGGAUACAAUGCAGUGGUUGGAAGAUACAGAUGUUCUUGAGAUGAUUGUGGAUAAGUUUAACUCGUCGGACUCUUUUGAAGUCCAUGCCAAUAUAGCAGAAAUUCUUUGUGCCAUUACUCGAUGUGCCCCUCCUGCGCUUGCAGCUAAAAUUUGCAGCCCAAGUUAUGUGGGGAAAUUGUUUUGUCAUGCACUGCAAGAUUCCAGACCUAAAUCGGUGUUGUAUCACUCCCUAUCUUUCUGCAUUUGUUUGUUAGAUCCUAAGCGACUGGUAGCAUCUUCUUUUCAAGCAUUUAGAAGCCAGCUAAAUCAUGGAUCAUUUGUUCCUGCUAGUGAAGACACUAUCCAGGCCAUGCUGGAGAGACUUGGUGAUUUACUGAAAUUGUUGGAUAUUUCAUCCUCGGAUAGUGACUUGCUAACGACUUAUGGUAACCUACAGCCUCCACUUGGAAAACACCGUUUGAAGAUUGUGGAGUUCAUUUCUGUUUUAUUAACUACUGGUAGUGAAGCUGUUGAGAAAGAAUUGAUCCAGCUGGGAGCAAUAAAGCAUGUUAUAGAGUUGUUUUUUCUGUACCCUUUUAAUAAUUUUCUGCAUCAUCAUGUUGAAGAUGUUGUAGGAUCAUGCUUAGAGAGUAAGAGGACUCUGUUAAUUGAACAUAUUUUGCAUGAUUGCGACAUUGUCAAUAAAAUUCUUGCGGCAGAAAAGCAAUCUUUCUUGUCAACUGAUUCUACUAAGGCUACUAUAUCUGCAGAGGGACGAUCACCUCCAAGAAUAGGGAAUUUGGGUCACAUGACACGCAUUGCAAACAAGCUUAUUCAAUUGGGAAACAACAACAGCUUAAUCCAGACACACUUGCAGGAAAAUAGUGACUGGGUUGGUUGGCAUAGCAAUGUACUCUUAAAGCGGAAUGCGAUAGAAAAUGUUCACCAGUGGACUUGUGGACGCCCAACUACUCUACAAGAACCAGCUAGGGAUAGUGAUGAUGAGGACUUCCGAGAUAAGGAUUUUGAUGUGGCAGCACUGGCUAGUAAUUUGAGCCAGGCAUUUCGAUGUGGGAUCUACACUAAUGAUGACAUUGAAGAGGCUCAAGUAUCUUUUGAACGAGAUGAUGAGGAUGUUUACUUCGAUGAUGAAUCUGCAGAAGUUGUUAUUUCAUCUUUGCGUCUGGGGGAUGACCAGGACAGCCCCCUCUUCACAAAUUCCAACUGGUUUGCUUUCGAAAAUGAUAGAGAGGUUGAUGAUCGGUUAACAAAUUCUCUCGCCUCAUCAUCACCAAAUUCGGAUGAGACAUCAGAUGAUGAGCCUGAUGAGGUGGUGGUUGGUGAAAACAACAACCUGAAUGACACAGCAACAUCUUUGCAAGAAGUAAUGGAUGUAGGAACUACAUCAGAAAGUAAAGCAACGGUUUUGGGAAAUGGUCCUGCUAACGAGCCCAAAGAAGGCAUCGGUAACUCGAGUAUAAGCGAGGGUGAGCAGUCACCAGGGUGGGUUGAAUGGAGGGAGACAUCAGAACCCAAAGUGGCUGCAGAUAUUUUGAACGGCAACAGUGGAACUGACAAAAAAAUGGAUGAAGUUGCACUAGAUGCAGAUGAGUGUGGGUCUCCGCUUGGAGGUGCAGCAAUUGACAGACGAAGUGGUGAUGCGGGAGGACCGACCAAUCUUCUUGUUGAAGAUCCAUCAGACACUGCUAAAGACAGUCUACUUGGUGGGGGGGAUUCGUCAGGAUCACCUAAAGUAAGUAACGAGUCAAGCUUGGAGCCACCUGGGAGUGAAGCUGCAGCUGAGAAUCCACAACAUGAGAAGGAUGUUGACCCAGGGAGGUGAAAUGGAGUUGGACGGCAGUAGCCAUAGAGUGGUUGUGAUAUGAUGGGGUGGAUGCCUCUGUGUGAGAGGUUGGUAACCUGCCUGCUGAGUCAGUUGCUGUAGCUUAAGAGCCAUUGUACAUGUUUUUUUUGGAGUAGGGGCUAUUUCAUUGAGGGGCAGAUAUAUGUUAUUUGUUCGGCCAUCCACUGUUAACCAAACCUGGCAAUGUACUAACGACAGCCCCCUCAUCUGUCAUAAGAAAGCUCUUGGGAGUUUAUCUCGA